AUGAAGUGUAUCGCAAUUUUCAAUAUUCAAACUAUUGGAAGUCUAUUUAAAAAAUCUCAAAUCCUCUCUAAGAAAAUCCCUUUCAAAUAUUUUUGUAAUAAUGACUUGAUAUCUAUUAGGAAAUUUUCAAUUAUUAAUAAAUACCCUAAAUACUUUACUACAACCUCUAUUGCAGAUUUUAAUAACAAAGCUGAUCAACUUUUACAUAUAAUAAGCGAGAAAAUUAUAAAUACACAAGAUCAGAAUCUUAUUGAUGAUAUAGAUUGUCAUAAUGAAUUCUUAAAUAUUACUUUUAGAUAUAAAGAUCGGCAAUCAUCUGGUACAAUUGUUAUUUCAAAACAAUCCGCUACUAAACAAAUAUGGUACUCGUCUCCUAUACGUCCACCAGAUUAUUUUGAGUUUGAAAGUAAUUGGAAGUCCAAAAGAUCAGGUUUAUCAUUAUUUGAAGCACUUGAAUCUGAUUUAUUUGAAGGCACAGGAUUAAAAUUUAAUUUUCUAGAAAAAUAA